AUGGCGGCCGCCUCAUCCGCUGCCGCAGCCGCCGCCUCCCCCGGUGGGGGUGCCGGCGACCCUCCCGUGGCAGAGGCGGCGACGGCGACGGCGACGGCGACGGCGAGGACUGCUGCGUGCCCUUGCCCCACUGAGAACCUAUCCGUGAUACAUGCUUUUGAUGGUGAAUCAUUUGAGCGGUGGUACAUAAAUCAGGAACCUAGGAAGAGGCAUCUUUCAGAUGCACAUGAGUUGGUGUCACAAUUCUAUAACAUGAAAGAGAGCACAAGCAACAUUGCCGGUGUGCAGCAAUACUGGGAGCAACAAAGAUAUCUCCGGAAGAAAAUUUGGCUUGAAACCUGGCUAAGACGGGAAAUUCAGGCCCUUACUCGGGAUGAGAACGUUGAGGCCAUAGUCUACCACAUUCACGGUGUCAUUGGAUCCUUCAUGAAGAGGCUUGAAAUGGAGCACAAGUCAAGGACGAUUUCACCAGAGAAGAUGAGGGAGGAGUUCAGGAGAUUGGUCUCUGAUGCUGCUAGGCCAUUCCUCCUUGGCCGAACAGAGCGAUUUGUCACCGAGGUGGAGCUCUUCCUGGUUUCAAAUCUCAACAUGGAAGCGUACAACAAACUGCGCGUUCAGAGGUUUAGGGAGUCCAGUUCCCAUCUGACGAGAGAGCAAGAUGCGCUGCCUCAUGAUCGGUCUCUUGAGGAGCACUACUUGUAUUUCGUCUGUAACGACACGGACUGUGAUGAGAUGUAG